UACAGGGAACGGACGGAGACGCUCCAUUACACCGAGUCUAACCAGGUCCCUCGUGCUUGGGAGACCCGUAGGACGCAAAGAUGUCGGAGCGAAAAGUUUUAAACAAAUACUACCCGCCCGACUUCGACCCGUCCAAGAUCCCCAAGCUCAAGCUCCCCAAGGACCGGCAGUACGUGGUGCGGCUCAUGGCGCCCUUCAACAUGCGGUGCAAGACGUGCGGCGAGUACAUCUACAAGGGGAAGAAGUUCAACGCGCGCAAGGAGACGGUGCAGAACGAGGCGUACCUGGGGCUGCCCAUCUUCCGCUUCUACAUCAAGUGCACGCGCUGCCUGGCCGAGAUCACCUUCAAGACCGACCCCGAGAACACGGACUACAGCAUGGAGCACGGCGCCUCCCGCAACUUCCAGGCCGAGAAGCUGCUGGAGGAGGAGGAGCGACGGCUGCAGCGGGAGCGCGAGGACGAGGAGCUCAACAACCCCAUGAAGGUGCUGGAGAACCGCACCAAGGACUCGAAGCUGGAGAUGCAGGCCCUGGAGAACCUGCAGGACCUGCAGGACCUGAACCAGCGCCAGGCCUGCGUGGACUUCGAGGCCAUGCUGCGCCUGCACCGCCUGUCCGAGGAGGAGCGGCGGCAGCGCGAGCAGGAGGAGGACGCGCGCGAGACGGCGGCCCUGCUGGAGGAAGCCCAGAGGCGCCGGCUCCUGGAGACUCUGACUCAGAGGAGGACACGGCCCCCGCCCCGCCCGGCGGCGCCCCGGCCCAGCCCCACGGCCAUCCUGGAGGAGGGCAAGAGGAAGGCGGGCGGUGGCAGCCGCAAGGCGCAGCUGUCCGGCCUGGUGGUGGUGAAGAAGCGGAGAACGGAUCCCGAGGGCGGCGCUGCGGCCCCGGGCCCAGCAGCGCCGGCCCCGCCUGCGCCCCGCACCUCCUCCCUGAGCCUGCUGGGCGCCUACUCGGACAGCGAGGACAGCAGCUGAGCCCCACCCGGGACCCCGGCCCGGGCUGCUGUGCGGGACCACGGGGCCCCUGAGCGGGCAGCGUGGGUGGGCCCGGGAGCAAGCCCGCCCAUCAGGUUGGCGCCACCCUGCCCCCCCACAGAACUUUCUGGAACUCAUCACAGGAACCUGUCCGGCGGCCGGGCACAGUCGCUUCCGUGGGUGCCUCGCCGAGGGCCUGGCCGCUGGCCCAUGGGGCAGCCUUGCUCGGACCAGGGACCA